GCAACAUCUGCUUGCGCGCUCACCUCAAAAUCAGUAGACAAAAAAGAGCUGCUGUCACAAGCAAUUGGUAGUGUGAGACCAUUAGUGACACCACCAGCCGACAAUGUGGCACUUUUAAACGAUACAACAACCACAGAGUCACGCACCGAUUCUAACUCUAAAAAUCCAUUAACUAAUAAUACAUAUGAAAUCGUACAACCACGCACAGGUUUUCUUGUUUGGAGCGAAUCCUGUCGAAUACCAGUUGUAGAUGUAUAUGCGCCGGAUAUAAUGCAACAUUUCAAGCGUGAAAAAUAUAAGCCAUGCUCGAAAAAGAAACCACUAACUACGGUCACUUUCAAUACGACUUCAAAGGAGUAUUUGCUGCAAAUCGAGAAGAGCGAAAUAAAGUCAUUUGGCAAAUCAGACCGCAUACGAUGCUGCUAUCAGCCGAUAAUACGCAAUGGCACAGGCGCAAAGGCGGAUGAAGACUAUAAACUUGGCAAGUGUGUGCCUUUUAAGGAUAGCGUCUCUCUAUCAGCUAAAAUCGAGAAUAUUUUAGUACAAUGCGAUUCCAACAAGCGAAAUGUCUAUAAAAAUGGGCAUGCUUUGAUAAGCGAAAAACCAGAUGUGCUGGAGCGUUUAAAAACUUGGCGGGAAAAAGAUGAUGAACGGGGUGGCACGAAGCCACCAAGCGUGCUAAUGAUCGGCAUCGAUAGUAUAUCGCGCGUAAACUUGAUACGAGCCAUGCCAAAGACAGCGCAGCACCUGUAUGACAACGACUGGUUCGAAUUGAGUGGCUACAAUAAGAUAGACGACAAUACAUUUCCGAAUUUAAUGGCUCUGCUUGCUGGCUACAAUAAAUACACUACCGUUAAGAAAUGCCCUCCAAAAGUCCUCGGUGCCUUAGACAAUUGCAGUUUAAUCUGGAAUACCUUUCGCGAGCAUGGCUAUGUGACCGGCUAUGGUGAAGAUGCUGCCGAAAUCAGUACAUUCAACUACUAUAAGGUGGGAUUCGUGAAACCACCGGUCGAUUACUACCUACGUCCAUUCCAACUCGCUGCUGAACAUCAUCUGUAUAAGACUUUGAAAUCCGGUCUCACCUUCUGUCUCGGCUAUCAGCAGUCGGCGCAAUUUGUACUCGACUAUGCGAUAGAGUUCGCGACACGUUUCAAAGACCAUCCGCUUUUUGGCUUAUUUUGGGCGAAUUCCUUUAGCCACAACAAUCUGAGUGAUGCCUCCUCAAUGGACGUGGUGGUGCUUAACUACCUGGAACGCCUCGAAAAGUUGGGCAUACUCGAUCGCAGCAUUGUCGUAUUUUUUAGCGAUCACGGUUUACGCUUUGGGCCCGCACGUGCAACAAAUUCCGGUCAUAUGGAGGAGCGGCUGCCGUUCAUUUUUAUUUGGUUGCCACCGUAUCUGAAACAAAAGUAUCCCAGUUUCGUGAAUGCUUUGAGUGUAAAUAAAAAUCGUCUGACCACACCAUACGAUCUACACAUGACACUCAAGCAUUUUCUUCGCCUAUCCGAGCGCGUCGAAGACAAGGACAAGGCAAGUGUCUUAGCUCCAGCUGAGGGCUGCACGAAUUGUCAAACUCUCCUCGAGCCGGUACCUUUGGAUCGUUCGUGCAACGACGCGGCCAUCGAUGAGCACUGGUGCACUUGCAUACCCUAUAGAAAAGUGAAUAAAAAUAUGCAUAUCGUACAAAAAUUGGGUACUAUGACGGUCAACUAUAUAAAUGAGCUUGUGCGCAAUUUCAACAACGGCUCAUUGACCUCGCUAUGUCGUUCUCUGCAGCUCGGCAACGUGAUAAGCGCACAUCGCUCGUGCAAGGACUUUCGACCGAAAGACGCCAAUGGUACUGCCUUGGAUGUGUAUCGGCUGCAUUUAAUCACAAAACCGAAUAGUGCAGACUUCGAGGUAACGCUGCGUUAUAAUCCAGAGACUGAGACUAUUAAGAUCACGGGCGAGAUAAGUCGUUUGAAUACGUAUUUCAAGGACUCGCAUUGUGUGGCCGAUAGCUUUGUGAAGAAGUACUGCUCGUGUGCCUAGCGCAAGGCGGCAAUGCCUGCUGCGGUGCAAAACAGCACGUCUAUCAAGACGUACUGAUCGCUGUGGACCGCCUUCCUACGCGGAGGGUGAAUAGAUUGUUUUGAAUUUGUCUUUUGCGUUUUUUUUUUGACAGUACUUUAGCUUAGCACUUAAAUAUGCAAAAAUAUAUAUUUACAAACAAAAUCAAGGCUCAAAUCAAUAGCUGUAGUAUGACAAUUUUGUGUUAAAUAUAGUACAUACAUUCAUGGGCGUAGCCAAGUGGGGCCAGGGGCGUCCUCGAGCCCCCCCCCCCCCUUAACUUUAAAAUUUUCCUUAUAUAUAUAUAAAAUAGUACCCUGAAAUGCCAGCUUAAUAGGGUCGAGCCCCUCCCCUCCCCCCCUAAAUUUCAUUCUGGCUACGCCGAUGCAUACAUUCACAUGCAUAGAGCAGUACAAGUUCUUACAACUAAAUGCAUUAUACAAUUUUUUUUUGUGUAAUUUAAGCAUGUAUGUGCAUAUCUACAUAAGUAUGUAUAUGCAUGUGUACUUAAGCACUUGUGUAUGCGCUGAAUCAUAAAAUUAAACAAUAAUUAUAUACGCUUGCCAAAACUAAAACAAUGUGACUACGUUUUAAAUGAAAAAAAAUAUAUAUAUGUACAUACGGCAUACAUACAUACACACAUAUACAAU